AAGAAAUUUACAAAGAGUAACAAAGACCGGAAGUACUUUCCUAAACAAAAGUCUUGCCGUCUUCAUUGAUUAACAAUUAUUUUGGAAUUUAACAUUGACAAAGCAUAGCCAUGCCUAGGCCGAAACGAAAGAGAAAUGAACCGAAACAGGCCGAAACAGCACAGCCUAAAGAUGAACCUCCCAAGCGGAAACACAAAGCUAAAGUGACCAAAGCCGAAGUUCAGGAAGAAGAGAGGAAGAGGUAGCUCAGGACAGUUCUGUAGCCGAUGACAUGGAAGAAGAGGAGGAGGAGGAAGAAGAAGAAGAGGAGGAGGAGGAGGAGGAGGAUCCUGGUGAUGAAAGCGGUGGAGGCUCAUCCGGAAGUAACUCCGGUAAAGACCCUGAAGACCGGUCGAACUCAUCAACAAAUCAAAACAAAGUUCCACCCGACAACUUGUACAUCUGGAAGUGUGGCUACUGCAGCAGCUGGAGUGCGACAACAUCCAUCAUUUCCGAGCACGCCAAGAUUGUGCACUCGGCCAAGCCUAAAUAUGUGGUGUACCUAAGAGACAGACUUACGGAGUUGUGUGAUGACAAGGUGUUGGAGGAGAACGGUGAGAUUCACUCAGGAGCUGAAGGAGGCAACAACCCAACGGCUCUGAAGGACACGGUGGUUCUCCCGUUCUCUGUGAAACCCGAGUCAGAUGAUCCAGUGUCGGAGAACUCGUCCGAGUACACGGGCGUGGCGACCAACGGGCCGGCCGAGACUGUGUCCGUGAAACCGGAACCCGAGGACGACUACGAGGUGUACAUCAACACGGACGGGGUCAAGGACGAGAAGGAUGAGAAACCCAAGAUCACGACGGAAGACGGGGCUGAUAAUGACGUCGAUGAUAGCCUUCCGCUAACAUUUGCCAAACCCGAACCUGGCGACAGUGAUAAACCGGCGCCUGGUGAACCGCUGGCAGUGCCACUUGACACUGAUGGUAUUAAACAAGAAGUGAACUAAUUCACUUUUUUUUUUUUCCCCCCACACUAUGUAAUUUGGUGUUCUUUUGAGCAAGAAAUAUUUUUCAUAUAUCAAGUGUUGACUAAACAAUAACAAUUUUGAAGAAUAUGGGGGGGGGGGGGGGGGGGGGGGGUCAUUUAAAACAAAAUAUUGCUACCAUGGUUGAAAUAUUUCAACAUCGCUUUCAUAUUAUCUGUGUAAUAGUUAAGCAGACUUUUGAAAAUCUGUAGUGUUACCCAACACCAGAUCAUAGUAGCAGUGCUCUUUACACAACAGAUACAAUAACAGUUGUAAUAGCAUGGUACACAAGUUGUAUGAUGGAUGACAUUUUACUGAAGUAACAAGUUGAUGUUUUUGUAUGCUGUCCAAAAAUGUUUCUACAGAUUUCCCAAGAGUGUCCAGACGACUGCUUCAUAUCCAUACAUGGUUCUAUACCAGAUUAGCCAAGGAACCCACCAAAGAAUGAUGCAACACAUCCUGAAGUGACCAUGUGACAAGUCUUCCCAAGAACUACCAACAUUAUCUUAAGUCAUUUCGUUAAACAUUUGGACCCAAAAAUGUUAAUAAAAUGGUAACAUUCAUUGAAGAACUUAUCUUCCCCAAAAGGCAGCAGGCAUAGCUUAUUUGUUUUAGCAUUACUUGAGCAUUUCAAAUCUUGGUGUUUUCAUUUCAUAAGCUUUGGAUUGGUUCAACUCGUGUCCUUUUUUUUUACAUGGGCUAACAAAGCAGUUUUGUUGCAUGUAAGAAGAAAAAAAUGCAGUUAGUAGUAAGAACAUUGAGACUAAAGGUAUUUAAUCAAAUAGUUUUUCAGGUCACUUGAUCAGCUAGAGGAUAUAUGGAACUCGCCGUUGUAUAAAACAUUUGUUUGUACCAGUGUUAUACCACCAUUCCUUUCAUUAAUUAAAAUUAGUUUGGGACAUUUUACUAUUUGGCACUUGGAUGCGUAGAAAGGAUUUGGGUCUGGCGAGGGUUAGGGUGGUUAGGAUUAUAAAAUAAAUUUUGUUCAUAUUCAUUCAUUCCGAUUUUCCAUGUUGAAUCCUAACUGUAACAACACAGAUUAGGAUUACUGUUGACGGUUACAACAUGUACUUCAAACACAAGACAUUUUACAAGGCUGGCUUUGGCAUUUUCCAAUUGCAAUAAUGAUUGGUAAAUUUAUUUUUAAAUAGAUAUUUUGUUAGAAAAUAACUGAGUUUCUACCAUUUUUGAAGUUUAAUAGAUAAUUUGGUCCAAUUAUUUUGCUCUCCCAGAGCCAGCCCAGGUUUUAGUUGUUAAUUGUCAUAUUGGGUCAUGAACACUUAAAAAUCAAUUUUUGUCGAUUCAUUAGUCAUUUGCAUUAGUGUAAACAAAUAAUCAUUGGUUCUAAUAAAAACAAUAUUAAUUUCA